AAACAAAACAAAAACAAAAACAAAAAAGCCUGCCUCGACAGCUGGGUGUGGUAGCAGACCCUAAGGUGGCGGCAUUGGGAGGCUAAGGCAGGAGGACCACACGUUUGAGGCCAGCCUGAGCUGUAUAGCAAGACCACAUCAGAAACACACACCUGAAAUAAACUUGAGGGUAUUUCUCUCCUGGUCUUUAUGGAUCGGUGCUUGUCAUGACUUUUGAGUGCUGGCAUGGACCUGCAAGGCAGUGUCACCCAGCAGGGUCCUAAGGAACACCACUUUCAAAUGGCCAAGGCUCUGAACAUGGAAGCCCUGGGGCAGGUACCUCUCGAAUCACGCCUUGAUUAACGGGAGCUCCGGGUUCUAUGGGUCCCAGAACAGAGGUCAAGGAGACAGACGCACAUCCUCUGGUGGAAAUGCCCCGUGGAAGCUUCCCCUGUGGCUGGAGUUGUAGGUGCUCAAGCCAGUCCCAUCAGGACCCUGCCUUGGCAGUUUUCCAGGUGCCCAUUGGCCCUGUGAGCGGCAGGGCCCUAGGGCCAGAUCUGUACUUGGUUCAAGCUCUGAGCCAGGCUCCUUUCCCACUCGUGUAAGGGAAAAGCUGGAGGCUGGAUACAUCAGCCUGGGCUGAGUUUCACUUCCUGGUUCUUCCUUUUUUUUUUUUUUGUCUUCAGUGAACCAGGUGUUUGUUGGCAAGGAAAGGAGCUCAUUAAUCCAAAGGUGGGAUUUCUUCCUGUGUGGGUGUAAGGGCCUGGCCUUGUGCGCUGUCUUUGACCUUACAAAGCUCCGUCCUUGGUCCAGGCAUCUGUGAGGUGAGGGGGUGGAUGAGGUCACUAAGGCCGGUUGUUCAUUGAGCGCCAGGAUAACUUGAGUCACGUUAAUAGGUUAAUGCGGGCUCGAGACAGCAUAGACCUGUCACCUGGUAUCCCUGGGGAGAAGGCUGGAGAGCAGACUCUGGGCAAGCAGUGGCCCAUGAAUUCCAGUCAUAGGUUUGCAAGAACGAGGCCCUGAUACACCCUGUCCACAAGGCGACCUGCCGUGCCCACUUUCUGUCUGGAUGCCUUUUCCCAAUCACAACGAGCCUGGCCGUAUUCACAUAUCAUUGUGUUUAUAACUUGUGGUCAAAUGUCUCAAACACCUCCCACAGCUGUGUCCAGCCAAUAAGAGCCAUGGAUUCACUUCCUCAACCUGGCAUUGUGGCGGCUGCCGACUUGACAGGUGCGGCUGCAGGUACAGAACGCGGAGAAGCCCCAGUACCGAGGGACUCUGCACUGCUUCCAGGCCAUCAUCAAGCAGGAGAGUGUGCUGGGCCUGUAUAAAGGCCUGGGCUCACCACUAAUGGGGCUCACCUUUAUCAAUGCCCUGGUGUUUGGGGUGCAAGGCAACACCCUUAGGGCCCUGGGUCAAGACUCCCCACUCAAUCAGUUCCUGGCUGGCGCAGCAGCCGGUGCCAUUCAGUGUGUCAUCUGCUGCCCCAUGGAACUGGCCAAGACAAGGCUGCAGCUGCAGGAUGUGGGCCCUGCUCGAACCUACAAGGGCUCCCUGGACUGCCUGGUACAGAUUUACCGGCACGAGGGCCUGCGUGGCAUCAACCGAGGCAUGGUGUCCACCCUUCUGCGCGAGACGCCUAGCUUUGGUGUCUACUUCCUCACCUACGACGUACUGACGCGCGCCAUGGGCUGUGAGCCGGAUGACCGCCUGCUGGUGCCCAAGCUGCUGCUGGCGGGGGGCACGUCAGGCAUCACAUCCUGGCUCUCCACCUAUCCUAUGGACGUGGUUAAGUCACGACUGCAAGCCGAUGGGCUGCGAGGAGCCCCUCGCUACCACGGCAUUGUCGACUGCAUGCGGCAAAGCUACCAGGCUGAGGGCUGGCGAGUCUUCACACGAGGGCUGGCCUCCACACUGUUGCGUGCUUUCCCAGUCAAUGCUGCCACCUUUGCCACAGUCACUGUGGUGCUUACAUAUACCCGGGGUGCGGAGGCCCAGCUAGACAGUGAGGCAGUUCCGGGCUCCCCUGCCACCGCUGCCGGACCUGCUCUGGCCCAGCCUUCCAGUCUGUGAUGCUGGCUAUCUCACCAACAUCCCCAGGGCCACGUUGCUGAAACUUGACACAGAUAAUGUGGCUCCUCAGCCAGUCUCCUUGCUCCUUGGCUGGUGACACCAGCUAGGCUAUACCCCACUGACCUCCUAUUUUCUUAGCUGUAAAAUGGGGACUCUUCCUCAUACAUGGUACAUUGGGGAAGGUCAAGCCUGGCUAAGUCUACACUCUGCAGACAACACUACCAAGAAGAAUCUCCCAAGUCCUACACUCCAGGCUCUCUCCUGAGCCAACUGUAACAAGGUGGCCAAAGACCCACCCAUUCCCCAACUCCUCCAUCCAUACAGUCCCAAGAAGAUACUUGGCCACCUCUUAACAUUAGGGGGGCAGAGGACAGUGUAGAGUGUCCCUGGCGAUUCUCAGUUGCUGGCCUUCAACUGCAGAUGGGGGCUGGGGACCUGGCACCAAACCUGUUGAGGAUCCUGCCCAUGCGGGUCCUGCAUGGGGAGCAGAUAGGCUGCUGGCCUCAGUGUCUCCACAGUGAAAUUGUGUGACAGCUGUGGCAAGAGGAAGUCUUCUCAUCCCUGGGCCUCUCGCUACCUGUCUGCAAAAUGGGGAGCGGGGUCAGCCCAUGUCUGGCUCACUACUGCCAGCCAGGAUUCCCAAUGGUGGGUAGGCAGGGUGGGCAGAGGGCCCAAGAGAGCACAGUGUGGGAUUGCUCCACUUCCCAGUACAUCUUUUCUGGGCAUUCUUACUUGGUGCCUGUGCCCCUGGUCUUGACACCAGAUAGAGUGUAACCAGUUUGGGUCCACCCAGACUGUGCCCUCCAGCUGGAUGUCACUGUUGUACAGGACCCUCUAAAGGAAUAAAGUCUUGUUUUCUAAGUG